UCGCGGGUCGCGGCGAUGGACGUGGCGGGGGCUCAGGCCCGCACCAUCCCCCUCCUCCUGCGCCACCCCGCCGCCCCCUUCCGGGGCUCUGCCUCCGUCUCAUUCUCCUGCGGCGGCGCGCGCCGGAGCUGGGCGGUGUCCGCGACGGCGGAGGGAGAAGACGGUGGCCGCGGCUACGAGCGGGUGGCCAUGGACACCCCCGGCGCUUACCGCCUCGUGGACCGCACCACCGGCCGCAGCGUCAUCGUGUGGGGCGGCGUCGACGACGGCGACGAGCCCAGCGUGCCGUCCCCGGAUGUGCUUUCCAGGAUCAGCGUCGACCGUCCCGCCUCCAAAGGUGCAGCAAAGGGAGCAAGUGCAGGUGUUGGGAGUUUCGGAAGACUGAAGGCACAGAAAGUGCAGGCGUUAGCCAGGAGAUCAUCAGCCCAACACAAGAGAGAGGGUACUAGCUCUACUCGUACAGCCACCCCGCCGCGUAGCGAAUAUUUUGCUGAUUCCGAUGACGAGGAAAACAGUUCUAGACGAAGGAAGCCUGCCUCGGACCCGGCGCGCCGCGCAAGACCAAAUGGUAACUACAGGGAUGAGAGGACCCGGAGCGCGCCUUCUCUGAAUUCUGUUCUGAGGCAGUACAAAGGUGACGGUGAUGAUUCGGAUUUUGAGGGUGAAGAGCCUACUCCUGGCCCCAAAGUCUGGGGUAAAGUCGCCGAUGCUACGGCCUACAGAAGAGAGGAUCGGAGGCAGAAGUUGCCUCUAGACAGUGGAUUUUUCAGUCGCAGCUCUUUUAAGGAGAUUGGUUGCGGCGACGAGAUUCUAGGUGCAUUGAGUAGUUUUGGGUUCCCGCAGCCAUCACAUAUUCAGGCUAUGGCAUAUGGUCCUGUCUUGGAGGGGAAGAGUUGCAUUAUUGCUGAUCAAAGUGGGUCUGGCAAGACACUGGCAUAUCUUUGCCCUAUAGUUCAAAAUUUAAGGAAGGAAGAAGCUAUGGGGGUGAAAUCAUCUCCCAGGAACCCGCGAGUCAUAGUAUUGACACCUACUGCUGAACUUUCUUCUCAGGUUCUUCAGAAUUGCCGUUCACUAUCAAGAUCUGGGGUCCCCUUCAGGUCUAUGGUUGCAACCGGAGGAUUUCGACAGAAGACGCAGCUUGAAAGCCUUGAGCAAGAGCUAGAUGUUCUUAUAGCAACACCUGGUCGUUUCUUAUACCUGCUGCAGGAAGGCUUUGUGCAAUUAAAUAACCUCAGAUGUGCUGUGUUUGAUGAGGUGGAUAUUUUAUUUAGUGAGGAAGGUUUUGAACAAGUGCUUCAUCAACUGAUUACUGUUGCACCAGUGACCACACAAUAUCUAUUUGUCACUGCAACUCUCCCUCUUGAUAUAUAUAACAAGGUCGUUGAAACAUUUCCUGACUGUGAGGUAAUCAUGGGACCUAGCGUCCACCGAACAAGCGCGCGCCUUGAAGAGAUUCUUGUGGACUGCAGUGGAAAUGACAAUGAUGAAAAGAAUCCAGAGACAGCCUUUUCAAAUAAGAAAACAUCACUCCUAAAGAUUAUCGAGGAGUCUCCAGUUCGUAAAACAAUUGUUUUCUGCAACAAGAUUGAGACAUGCAGGAAGGUUGAAAACGUGCUGACGCGGCUGGAUAGGAAAGCUUCGCAAAUCAAGGUUCUACCGUUCCAUGCUGCACUGGACCAGGCAAAACGCAUCGCAAACAUGAAGGAAUUCCUGAAGAAACAAACCGACGGCUCGCUGUUCCUUGUGUGCACGGACAGGGCGUCGCGCGGAAUCGACUUCACGAACGUGAACCACGUGGUGCUCUUCGACUACCCCCGCGACCCAAGCGAGUACGUCCGCAGGGUGGGCAGGACGGCCCGCGGUGCGUCAGGCGACGGCAAGGCCUUUGUGUUCGCGGUGGGCAAGCAGGUGUCCCUAGCUAGGAGGGUGAUGGAGAGGAACCUCAAGGGGCAACCACUGCACGACGUCCCGUAUUUCUAGAAGAGGGGCCGAUGCUCAGGCCAGCGCGCCACCCUUGUGUUCUGUGUAAGCACCAUCACAUAUAGGAUCAGUAAAAUCCUUGUUCUGCUGAUCAUCCCUGUCUGAAGAGCAGUUCGGUAAUGUGUGCAAUGAGGAGUGUAAGGAACUUAACACAGUCAGAUUAAGUGUAGAGCAUUCAUGUUCCGAUUCAUACGAUCGAGCAUAUUAUAUAGUUGUAGUACAUCAAACUGGAGUACUGGACGUGUUGACGUUGCUAGCUAUGCUGGUAAGUUGAGGAAUCAGAAGAAACUUGGAGCUGCUGUUUGCACGCA